AGUGCCCGAAGCGAAGUGGACCGAGCUGAAGAUUUAAGCUGAGGAGCAGGUUUUGGAUUUUUUUUUCUGGAAAAUACAAAGGAGCUAGAAUUCCAUCAUGAGUACCACGAAGAAGAUGAUAGAACAGGGGUCGCAAUAUGACCAGAUCCUGAGACAUUGUAGAAGCAGCGGCACUCUGUUUGAGGACCCCUACUUUUCUGCAGUUGAUGAAAGUAUUUUCUAUACCCAGAAACCGCCAAGGCCAUUUGUAUGGAAGCGACCUAGGGACAUUUGUGCGAAUCCUCAGCUUUUCGUAGGUGGCACCAGUCGAUUUGACGUUGAACAGGGACAACUAGGUGACUGUUGGUUUUUGGCUGCUACAGCUGGUCUCUCUCUGGAUGAUUACCUACUCCAGAAGGUCAUUCCCCUUGACCAGAACUUUAACCUGGGAAUCGUCAAGUUCCACUUCUGGCACUAUGGCAAAUGGAUUACCAUUGUCGUUGAUGACAGGCUACCCAUAUACAACGACAAACUCGUCUUUGUGCACUCCAAGGAUCAAAAUGAGUUCUGGAGCGCCCUCCUGGUGAAGGCUUAUGCCAAGCUCCAUGGCUCCUACGAAUGCUUGAAGGGUGGCAACGUUAUCGAGGCCAUGGAAGACUUCACAGGUGGAGUCUCUGAAUCCAUCGAGCUGAAACAGAACCCACCUAAGAAUCUCUUCCGUCUUCUGAAAAUAGCGUAUGACAGGGAUUCGAAGUUGGGCUGCUCCAUCAAUGCUAGACCAGGAGAAACUGAGGCCAAGGCAGGGCUUGGACUGAUUGCUGGACAUGCCUACACCAUCACGGACGUUCAAAAGGCGAAAUUUUCUUCAGGUAGGGAGGUGAGGUUGAUCAGGAUUCGCAACCCAUGGGGUCAGGGCGAAUGGGAGGGACCCUGGAGUGAUAGAUCUAAUGAGUGGAGAAAUAUAUCUCAACAGGAGCGUACUAGGCUUGGACUGGUCUUCAAUGAUGAUGGGGAAUUCUGGAUGGAAUUCAGUGACUUCAUGAGGUAUUAUGAUAGGGUUGACAUAUGUCACCUGGGUGCAGACACCAUGACUGGCAAGAAAAAGAAGAAGUAGCAAGUUACCUCACAUGAGGGCAAAUGGCAAAGAGGAUGCACAGCUGGAGGGUGCCGCAACUUUCCCGACACAUUCUGGAUCAAUCCCCAGAUUGAACUCGUUUUGGAGGAGGAAGAUGACGAGGAUGAUUUUCGAGAAGGAGAGGAUGAUCCCGGACAAAAAGGGAAAGGUUCUACCUUCCUCGUCGCCCUCAUGCAGAAGAACAGACGAGAGAUGCGUAAGAUGGGUGUUGACAACCUCACCUGUGGUUUCGCAAUUCACCAGGUUGACGGCUCCUAUUCCUCAGUUGGACUCCCAAAGGACCACUUCCUGUACAAUGCAUCUACAGCUCGAUCACCAACAUUCACCAACACUCGUGAGGUAAGCGGAAGAUUCAAACUCCCACCAGGACGCUAUGUGAUCCUUCCUUCGACCUUUGAACCCAACCAAGAAGGCGACUUCCUCGGGCGUAUCUUUUCCAUGAAGGUGGCUAAGGGAGUGACUGUUAACCAACAGUCUAGCAUGGAUAUUAAACCUCAGCAGCCACUUCCAGCUCAGGAUGAGGCGCAGACUGCCAAAUUCCGAGAGUUCUUCAAGAAGCUCACAGGGGAUGAUAUGGAAGUGGACGCCUGGGAACUGCAGGAUAUCUUAAACGCAGCCCUCAAACGAGUGUUCAAUGAGCUACAGGGUGGUGGAUUCAGCCUGGAAUGUUGCAAGAGUAUGGUUGCUCUUACCGAUGAUGAUCAAUCUGGCAAACUUGGAUUUGAAGAGUUCAGGGAACUUUGGCAGAACAUCAGUGCUUGGAAGGAUGUUUUUAAGAAGUAUGAUGCUGACAACUCUGGAACAUUCAAUGGAUAUGAAAAGAGGAGUGCACUCACAUCGUUUGGAUUCAAACUGAGUAACGAAACUUUCAGUGCUCUGAUUUUGCGUUAUGCUGAUAAGUAGGGAAUGAUUUCAUUUGACUCCUUCAUCGGUGCUGCUGUUACAUAUAAGAAGAAUUGUUUAAAGAAGGCAGAGAUAAUUGACUUGUUAGCUAGUCACAUGAAGCUUACAGAGGAGCCUGAAACUUCUAUCAAUAUGUCAGAGGAUGUUCAGAUCCAACUGGCAAACAUUGAAUUGGAAAAAGAGAGAAUCAGAGAAAACAUUCAAUUGGAGGAAAUAAAAAUCAAAGAAAACCUUGAAAAGGAGGAAAUGAAAAUGAGAGAAAACAUAGAAAUGGAGAAAAUGAGAUUGGAAUACCAGUUAGCGUAUGACAGGGAUUCGCAGUUGGGCUGCUCCAUCAAUGCUAGACCAGGAGAAACUGAGGCCAAGGCAGGGCUUGGACUGAUUGCUGGACAUGCCUACACCAUCACGGACGUUCAAAAGGCGAAAUUUUCUUCAGGUAGGGAGGUGAGGUUGAUCAGGAUUCGCAACCCAUGGGGUAAGGGCGAAUGGGAGGGACCCUGGAGUGAUAGAUCUAAUGAGUGGAGAAAUAUAUCUCAACAGGAGCGUACUAGGCUUGGACUGGUCUUCAAUGAUGAUGGGGAAUUCUGGAUGGAAUUCAGUGACUUCAUGAGGUAUUAUGAUAGGGUUGACAUAUGUCACCUGGGUGCAGACACCAUGACUGGCAAGAAAAAGAAGAAGUAGCAAGUUACCUCACAUGAGGGCAAAUGGCAAAGAGGAUGCACAGCUGGAGGGUGCCGCAACUUUCCCGACACAUUCUGGAUCAAUCCCCAGAUUGAACUCGUUUUGGAGGAGGAAGAUGACGAGGAUGAUUUUGGAGAAGGAGAGGAUGAUCCCGGACAAAAAGGGAAAGGUUCUACCUUCCUCGUCGCCCUCAUGCAGAAGAACAGACGAGAGAUGCGUAAGAUGGGUGUUGACAACCUCACCUGUGGUUUCGCAAUUUACCUGGUUGACGGCUCCUUUAAUGCCUCAGUUGGACUCCCAAAGGACCACUUCCUGUACAAUGCAUCUACAGCUCGAUCACCAACAUUCACCAACACUCGUGAGGUAAGCGGAAGAUUCAAACUCCCACCAGGACGCUAUGUGAUCCUUCCUUCGACCUUUGAACCCAACCAAGAAGGCGACUUCCUCGUGCGUAUCUUUUCCAUGAAGGUGGCUAAGGAAGUGACUGUUAACCAACAGUCUAGCAUGGAUAUUAAACCUCAGCAGCCACUUCCAGCUCAGGAUGAGGCGCAGACUGCCAAAUUCCGAGAGUUCUUCAAGAAGCUCACAGGGGAUAAUAUGGAAGUGGACGCCUGGGAACUGCAGGAGAUCUUAAACGCAGCCCUCAAACGAGUGUUCAAUGAGCUACAGGAUGGUGGAUUCAGCCUGGAAUCUUGCAAGAGUAUGGUUGCUCUUACCGAUGAUGAUCGAUCUGGCAAACUUGGAUUUGAAGAGUUCAGGAAACUUUGGCAGAACAUCAGUGCUUGGAAGGAUGUUUUUAAGAAGUAUGAUGCUGACAACUCUGGAACAUUCAAUGGAUAUGAAUUGAGGAGUGCACUCACAUCGUUUGGAUUCAAACUGAGUAACGAAACUUUCAGUGCUCUGAUUUUGCGUUAUGCUGAUAAGUAGGGAAUGAUUUCAUUUGACUCCUUCAUCGGUGCUGCUGUUACAUAUAAGAAGAAUUGUAAGAACAAUUACAUUCAUUUAUUUAGUUAUUUCCUCUUUAAGGAUAGCCAAGAAUGA